UGUUCUAAAGGCUGAAAGGACUCAUUGGUACGAUUUUUGUUUGCCCAGCUGUGUUUUCGGUGGAUGUUUCAGGUUUUCUGACUCUGGUUUUUGUGGCGGGUCGUUGGGUCCUGACGGGCUGUGCUGGAGGCGAGCCGGAAGCUCACGGUGGCAGAGCUUUCAUUCUGCCUGUGCAGGGAGCAUCUGCACAGGGUGUGUCAUUUCAGCUUCCAGGGCAGUCCGUCGCUUGACAUUUCAAGAGCAGAGAUCAGCGAGGGUGCCUGCAUACAGUUUGUUCUUUCAUCUGGAGCUCUGGUGCUGACACUCGGUCACACUGCACAGCACUUGCUGGAGUCAGACAUUAAGCUCUUCAGAAAAUACUUCUGGGACAGACCUCUCCUUUAACAGAGUAUUAAUUCAGAUGGAGUUGAGACAGUGGAAGGUCCAAAAAUGCCCUGCGGUACAACACACUCUGUAGAAGUCGUCCUUCAGGCUGCAUUUGGGCAAAACAUGAAAAGCGUGGGGGAUGGUUUUUUGCUGUUGCUGUAUCCUUCUCCACAUCCCUUGGAAGAAAAUAUAAACCAAAACCCAAACAAACAAAAAAAAGACUGACAGUCCUGUGAGCUUGGCUUCUGAAGAGUUGCCCCAGGAUGAUACGAAGGGCAGAAUCUUCGCAUUUGGAGGUGUUUGGAGUCAAGAGUGAAUGUUUUGACAUUGGAGCUACAGGAAAUAAUUUUAUGGCUACUGAUAGAGCACAGACACUCUACCCUUGAUGUUCUUAGGAAAUUGAAGUCUACCCCUACUUUCUUUGCUGCAACCAGACUUUCUCCCAUGCUGAGUGGAAGUGAUGAAGUAUAUGCAAACUGCAUGGUAGUAGACCAAGCUGGAGACUUAAAGACUAGCUACAUUCAUGGAGAUGGUGUCAGCAGUGAAAUGUGUCUGAACCCUACCAACUCAAUCCUGAUGGAUAAGAGCUCUUCAUCUCCCUCCCUUGAGGGGAAUGACCAAUUUACAUAUCUCCCAAAUGAAGAAAACCAAAGGCCAGUAAAAAAAGAAGAAAACACAGGAUUAAGACAUGCCAUUUCACCUUCUCAUCUGUAUGUAGCAGAUUCAUAUCUUCCAUUCAAGACCCAUGGAUUUAUUAAGGAUCGGGGCCAACUUUUUGCUGACAUGAAAAGAAGAAGUUCAAGUCUCGAUGACCUUGAAGUAGACAAUGGUGGUGGUGUGUCGGACAGAUCCCAUGUUCACUACUGUCCCCUCAGCUCUUCAGAGGCCAUGGCUUCUAGCAGAGAUGGAUUGGAUCUACCUACCAGUCUGCAGCCUAAGGAAUGCACAGUGUUUGGGAUUCGGUCACGCUCCUAUUCCUACUCCUCAUCCAAAGGUUUGGUGGGAAGACCUCGCAUUUCUCGUGACUUUGCAGUUGGGGAUUCAAAUGGAGAGCCAGCGUGCAGCCUUCCCGAGCAGUCCCGGGAGCAAAGGAUUCAGGAAGAGGUAUGGAAUAAGUAUGUUGUACCCUCAAAAAAUGAGUCUGAAAAAUAUAAAGUGAGUCGGACUUUCAGCUUUCUGAUGAACAGGAUGACCAGCACACGGAAUAAAGGCAAGACAAAAAAUAAAGACACCAAAGAUAAGGAGAAACCAACCAGGCACAAUUUUACAAAUGGGACUUUCCCAGGAGUUAUCCCAUGCAUGGUCUGUGAAAAGGCCCUCCUAGGAAAGGAAUCACUGCAGUGUUCUUAUUGCAGCGUGACUGUGCAUAAAAGCUGCAAGGAGUGUGCUCCUGUGUGCACCAAGAAAUCCCAGGAGAAAUACCAUAAUAAAAACAAGCUCCAAGUUGGUGUAACAAAUUCCCUGCCUGGAGACAUUUCACAGAUGGUGCUGUCCUCAGUGCAUCCUUCUUUCUCUGUGCCUAUUGGACUGUCUCCUGGAAAGAGGGAAGCCUCACAACAGCCCUACCUCUUGUCCAAAAGUGUCCCCAGUGCGAGUUUGGAAAGAAGAGCUACACAAUUUUCUGGACAAGACUCUGAGACUAGCACCUGGAAGUCCAAGUCACAGUCUGAAGAGAUGUUACAAGCAUUAGGGACCUUUUCUUCAAUGGAUGCUUUUAUGAUGGAAGAUGAUGUGGAUUUGUCUCAGUGGACUGAUCUCUGCACAGAUGCAGAAGAAUUUGAGGCAGACUCCUGGAGUCUUGUUGUGGAUCCAGUGUUCUGUAGCAAGCAAGAAAAGGAUGUCGUCAAGCGGCAGGAUGUCAUAUUUGAGCUGAUGCAAACAGAAGUACAUCACAUCCAUACCCUGUUCAUUAUGUCUGAAGUAUUCAGGAAAGGGAUGAAGGAAGAACUGCAGCUUGACCACACCAUGGUGGACAGAAUAUUCCCCUGCUUAGAUGAGCUACUGGAGGUGCACAGGCAAUUCUUCUGCAGAAUGAAGGACAGGCGGCAGGAAUCAUGCAUGGCAGGGAGUGAGCGCAAUUUUGUCAUCAGCAGAAUUGGAGACAUCCUUGUGCAGCAGUUUUCAGAGGAAAAUGCAACUAAAAUGGAGAAAAUAUACGGAGAGUUUUGUAGCCAUCAGAAAGAAGCUGUUAAUCUCUUCAAAGAGCUGCAACAAAACAAGAAGUUCCAGAAUUUUAUUAAACUGAGAAAUAGCAACCUGUUGGCACGACGCCGAGGAAUCCCUGAAUGCAUUUUGCUCGUCACCCAGCGAAUCACCAAAUACCCUGUUCUGGUUGAAAGGAUAUUGCAAUACUCAAAAGAAGGAACAGAAGAGCAUAGAGACUUGUGCAAAGCCCUUCGUCUAAUUAAGGAUAUAAUAGCAACAGUAGAUUUGAAAGUGAAUGAGUAUGAGAAAAAGCAAAAGCUGUUGGAAAUUCUCUGUAGAACUGAGAACAAAACAUAUACAAAGCUGAAAAAUGGCCAUGUUUUUAGGAAGCAAGACUUGAUGAGGAAAGAGAGGAUACUUCUUCAUGAAGGUUUAGUGUAUUGGAAGACAGCAACUGGUCGAUUCAAAGACACCUUAGCUCUGCUUCUAACUGAUGUACUACUGUUCUUACAAGAAAAGGAUCAAAAAUACAUCUUUGCAGCUGUUGACCAGAAGCCUUCAGUUAUCUCCCUUCAGAAGCUCAUAGUAAGAGAAGUAGCCAAUGAAGAAAGGGGGAUGUUUCUGAUCAGUGCUUCAUCUGUGGGGCCUGAGAUGUAUGAGGUUCAUACCAGCUCCAAAGAAGAACGUAACAACUGGAUGAGGCAUAUUCAAGAGGCAGUGGAAAGUUGUCCAGAGGAAGAGGAAGAGGAAGUAAAAAUGAGUGAAUCUGAUGAGGACAGACGUAUUGCUGAGGCCAAGGCAUACAGGAUUCAGAAAUAUCAAGAAUCACUGAGUAACCAGGACCAGCAAAUCUGCAAUUACUUAGAAGAAAAGCUGCAUAUCUAUGCAGAACUGGCAGAUAUGUGUGGGUUUGACGAUGUCCAUGUAGAACCUCACCUACUUAUCAAACCAGAUUCCGGAGAAACUCCGCAGGCUGCUUCACUGCUGGCAGCAGCACUCAGAGAAGUUGAAAGUCUCCACAUUGCUGUAACAACAUCACAAGUGAGUGAUGAAACAGACAGAUCACCUGAGGAAAGUACUGAGGAAUUAAGUGUGAAGCAUAGAUUCACUACCAAUGAAAUACUGGAAUCUGCUCUGGGUGAUGCAGAAAGAAAAGAAAUUGAAGAAUCACCAGAAAUUGAUCUCAGUGUUGAAAAGGAAAUUGCAGGUGCCGAUCUUGAGGAUAAGGGAGGAAGUAUGAAUUUUUCAGAAUCUACAGGGACAGAGAUUGUACAAGCAAUCCAGAACUUAACCCGUCUCUUAUACAGUGUGCAGGCAGCACUGGCUAUCCAGGACAGCCACAAAGAGCUCCAUAGGUUACUCCUGCAAGAGAAUGAGAAGACCAGUCGGAGCCAUGGUUCUCGGCUAAACCUUGUUUUGGAACAAGAGAAAUAUCAGAAUCCAGAAAAACAAAGGGUGGAACUGGCCAACAUACACAAAAUGAAGCAGCAGUUUCAGCAAGAGCAGCAGCGGUGGCUGCGUGAAUGUGACCAGCGGCAGCGGGAGCAGGAGGCGAGGGCGGGCCGGCUGGAGCAGCGGGAACGGGAGUGCCAGUCCGAGGAAGAGCUGCUGGAGCAGAGCCGGCAGAGACUGGCGCUGCAGCUGCAGGAGUACCAGCAGAGUCUGGAGAGGCUCCAGGAGGGGCAAAAAAUGGUGGAGAGAGAAGGAGACAAUGUGAAAAUGCAGAAGAAACUCGUGUGGCACUGGAAGCAUGGCCAGCAAAACAGCCUGUUUUCACACACAGGGGACUAUCAGAUAAUGGGACAUAAUCAAUUGGACAGCUUACAUGGUGAAAAUGCAUUCUACUUCAAUGAAGCUGUAGUGUGUGUGUCUCUAAGAAGAAUCAACAGAUCAAAUUCUUCUCUCGUUUAUGAGGACGGUGUGUAUGGGAUGAAUAUCUCAAAUUCUGAUGUAGCAGGGACUAGUGAAAAUCAGGUGGACCUCAAAACAGACACUUCUUGUCAGCCAGCAUUAACUAGUGUACUGUGGAAAUCCACUAGUCCUUACCAGCAGAUGUCUUUUUCCUGCAAAAGCAACAAGGAUUCCUUUAAUAAUGAUCUGAACACAUCACACACCCAAGGUUUCCAGACAAGUGUUCCAAACCAAGAAUCCAUCCAGUCACCACAGGUAGAUGAACUGCUGCUGAACGCCCAGACUGAGAGCCUGCAGGAUGCAGAAAGUGGAGCCAGAGUAGAGGAAAAGAUUGUUUACCUCUGAUAACUUGUUUCCUAAUCUCAGUAGCACUUUGGAAAGAUAACUGUGUUUGCUUUUCUAAAUUUCUGUAGUCAUUCUCUGUAUGACCAUCUGGCUUUAAGGGUAGUAUUUAAUAGUAAGUGCAAAAUUUUCCCCAUGAUAAAUAUAGCAAGUAAGUUAUUUUGAAGCCUUUGUUGUAUAAUCUUUCAUUUAUGUCAUGAUUUCAAAUCUUGCAAAGCUUCAUGCUUUGCAAGAAGCAAUGAGUAGCAGGGGAGACAUAACAUUUUGAAAUUGUAGAGGUGCCACCAAGGACUAUGCAAGCUAGUGUUGAUUUUCAUGAGUCCUCUUCUUACAAGGAUGAGCUACGAGAGAUGGGUCUGCUACUUGAGAUUUCAGAGUGUGUAUCAGUACAGCUGUGAUAUAACAUGAGAAAACAGCAAUGUAACAAUGAUGGCUCGAGUUUUUGCUGAAAUGUGCUAUAUACCCUUAGCUGUUGGGUCAUUUUCCUUAUCUUCUAGCUCAGGAACUGCUCAGAAGGGGAUUUUUUUUAUGUCUGAGCAUAAUUGCAAAAUUGUAAGUGUUUUUUCAUGUCCCAAAGCUUAUUAUCCUUUUGAUACUACUGCCAAUUUCUGUGAAGAGAUGCACCAAAUCAGUUAUUGUAUUAUAACUGUUCCUCAUUUCAGUAAGUGUCCUUACACAUUAAAAUUUACCAGAUGAAACCAUCUCACUGGUCAAAAGAAAAGAAAGGGGAUAAAUAGUAGGCUUCAGUUAACUGAACUCUUCUGAAACUCCACUGCUUUCCUGUGUAGAAAUCAGAUAGCUUUCUGCUUUCAGAUUCAUGGGAUUCUCUGUCCUAGGCAGUAAGAAACCUGUUUUGUGCCUUUUUGUGCCUUUUUGUCUUUCUGAAAAAUCUGUACACUUCUGUCAAACUAAAUAAAUGUUCUGUGCAUUUCUACAAAACUAUAAUUUUGAUUAAUUGUGAGAUCCUCCAGAGAAAUAAAAAAAC